AUGGCGAAAGACACCGUACUCGAGGGCGUCUUCGCCAUCAAUAAGCCGUACGGCAUGAGCUCCGCGCAGGUGAUCCGCGAUUGCCAGACGCAAAUGAACCCUUCAGCAUUGUUUAAGCCGCUGAUUGAAAAGGACCUCGCCUCCAAGAUGCGUGAGCCCAAGGCCGAAUGGAAGCGUCGUCGGGCCGUUAAGAGGGAUUCGCGCGUGAAGAUGGGCCACGGAGGGACUCUCGACCCAUUGGCGACUGGCGUGCUCAUUCUCGGCGUCGGAUCGGGAACCAAGUCCCUUGGCUCCUUCCUCGAUUGCAAAAAGACCUACGAGACGGUCGUUCUCUUCGGCGCAAGCACAGACACCUACGACCGCGUCGGCAGGAUAUUGAGCAGACGGCAAUACGACGAGAUCACGAGAGACAAUGUCGAGAAGGCAUUGGGCGACUUCCGGGGCAAAUUUCAGCAGAUCCCGCCUCUGUACUCGGCACUCAAGAUGGAGGGCAAGCCCUUGUACGAGUACGCUCGCGAGGGCAAGGCCAUCCCUAGAGAAAUCGCAGGACGAGAGGUCGAGGUGACGGAGCUUGAAAUGGUCGAGUGGUACGAGCCUGGCACGCACAACUACAGAUGGCCUACGGAGGAGGCAGAGGCUGCCGAGAAGAACCUCGCCGAGCAGGUCUGGCGAGUGGAGAAGCAGCAGGGGUCCGGCCGUAAACUGACUCCUGAUGAGGAGAAGGAGGAAGAAAGGGCCCUGUCCGAGCAUGAGACUGUUAAGAAGAAGUUCGAGGAGCGCCAAGACGGCCUUAUCCGUGAUAAGCCCGCCAAGAAACAGAAGCCGCCCAAGAACCCGGCCCUUAUGUCCGGUGCCCUGGGACAGCUCCCAGCCGGCAAGGGCUCCAAUCUCAUUCCCCCGCCUCCGUCCGCCGACGAGCCGUUUCCCUGGACCGACAAGGGACCGCCCGCUGCCCGGAUCCGCAUGACUGUCACCUCUGGAUUCUACGUGCGUAGCUUCUGCCACGACCUCGGCGCCAAGGUCAAUUCGGCGGGCUUGAUGGCGGAACUGGAGCGCUCGCGACAGGGCGACUUCGAGGUCCGCACUGACAACUGCCUGGAAUACGAGGAUCUACUCAAGGGAGAACAAGUCUGGGGUCCCAAGGUGACGCAGAUGCUGACCGCCUGGUCCGAGAAGUACCCCAACGGAGCGCCCCAGGGGCCCCAGAGGCGACAGAACAACCAGGAGCAACAGAACCAGAGCCGCAAGCAGGACAGAAAGCGCAAAUGGGAGGAUAAUAAGAAGGUAGACAAGAGCGACGAAAAUGACAGGAAGAGAAGAAACUCCAGCUCGGGAGAUGAGGCACCUGCCUCCAAGGUUGCAAGGACGGAGGAGGCUAAGGGAUCGCCCAACACAUCACCCAAAGGUUCGCUCAAGUCUUUCCCAGAGGGUUCUCCCAAGGUGAAGGCAGCUGACACAAAGAAGAAACUGAAGCCUGAAGAAAUCGAAUGGGAGGGCUUCCAGGACUAA